CUUCCUCCCGGGAGGAGAAAAUGUCCUUCGGGUCGCUUUCCGGAAAGCAGCAGGAUGUACCGCUCCACUGUCACUAGCAACAAGCUGCGCAAACCAUGCAGGAUGAUUUACUGAUGGACAAAAGCAAAACCCAGCCCCAGCCCCAGCAGCAGCGGCAGCAGCAGCAGCAGCCCCAGCCCGAGCCCAGCGCAGCCGAAGCCCCGUCCACGCCCCUCUCACCGGAGACCCCCAAGCCGGAGGACAGCAGCGCAGUGCCGGCCCUUAGCCCCGCCGCGGCCCCGCCAGCCUCCAACGGCCCGGACAAGAUGCAGAUGGAAUCGCCACUCCUGCCGGGCUUGAGUUUCCAUCAGCCCCCUCAGCAGCCGCCGCCGCAAGAGCCCACGGCGCCCGGCGCGUCGCUGUCGCCGUCCUUUGGCAGCACCUGGUCCACAGGCACCACAAACGCGGUGGAGGACAGCUUCUUCCAAGGGAUCACCCCUGUCAACGGGACCAUGCUCUUCCAGAACUUCCCGCACCAUGUCAACCCAGUCUUCGGAGGCACCUUCUCCCCGCAGAUUGGCCUGGCGCAGACCCAGCACCACCAGCAGCCGCCACCACCAGCGCCGCAACCCGCGCAGCCCGCGCAGCCCCCACAGGCGCAGCCCCCACAGCAGCGCAGGUCGCCUGCCAGCCCCAGCCAGGCGCCCUAUGCGCAGAGGAGCGCCGCCGCCGCCUACGGCCACCAGCCCAUCAUGACCAGCAAGCCGUCCUCUUCUUCGGCCGCAGCAGCCGCCGCCGCCGCUGCAGCUGCCUCUUCGGCCUCGUCCAGCUGGAACACUCACCAAAGCGUGAAUGCCGCCUGGAGCGCGCCGUCCAACCCGUGGGGCGGCCUGCAGGCGGGUCGGGACCCUCGCCGGGCGGUGGGCGUAGGCGUGGGCGUGGGGGUUCCCUCCCCACUUAACCCUAUCUCGCCGCUGAAAAAGCCCUUCUCCAGCAAUGUGAUCGCGCCUCCCAAGUUCCCUCGUGCGGCCCCGCUCACCUCCAAGUCCUGGAUGGAGGAUAACGCUUUCCGGACCGAUAAUGGUAACAAUCUGUUACCAUUUCAGGACCGGAGUAGGCCCUAUGACACUUUUAACUUGCACUCGUUGGAGAACUCCUUAAUGGAUAUGAUAAGGACUGAUCAUGAGCCCCUGAAAGGCCGCAUGGGAAUAAAUUUCCAUCAUCCUGGAACAGAUAAUAUUAUGGCACUUAACAGUCGGUCUUCCCUCUUUCCCUUUGAAGACGCCUUCUUGGAUGAUAGCCACGGUGACCAGGCCUUGUCAUCGGGUUUGAGUUCUCCCACUCGCUGCCAAAAUGGGGAACGAGUGGAGCGCUACUCCAGAAAGGUGUUUGUCGGAGGCCUUCCUCCUGACAUCGAUGAAGAUGAAAUCACUGCCAGCUUUCGCAGAUUUGGGCCUCUUGUGGUAGACUGGCCUCACAAAGCGGAAAGCAAGUCAUAUUUUCCUCCUAAAGGCUAUGCCUUUCUGCUAUUCCAGGAGGAAAGCUCAGUACAAGCUUUGAUAGAUGCCUGCCUAGAAGAAGACGGGAAACUAUACCUGUGUGUGUCAAGCCCGACCAUCAAGGAUAAACCGGUGCAAAUUCGACCAUGGAACCUAAGUGACAGUGACUUUGUAAUGGAUGGUUCUCAGCCUUUGGACCCCAGAAAAACUAUCUUUGUCGGGGGAGUUCCACGACCCCUCCGAGCUGUUGAACUGGCAAUGAUCAUGGACCGUUUGUAUGGUGGUGUCUGCUAUGCUGGAAUUGACACGGACCCAGAGCUGAAGUACCCCAAAGGUGCUGGCCGUGUGGCGUUCUCCAAUCAGCAGAGUUACAUUGCAGCCAUCAGUGCGCGCUUUGUGCAGCUUCAACACAAUGACAUUGACAAACGGGUGGAAGUGAAGCCAUACGUGCUGGACGACCAGAUGUGCGACGAGUGCCAGGGCACGCGCUGCGGAGGGAAGUUCGCCCCGUUCUUCUGUGCCAACGUGACCUGCCUGCAGUACUACUGCGAGUACUGCUGGGCGAGCAUCCACUCGCGCGCCGGCCGCGAGUUCCACAAGCCGCUGGUGAAGGAGGGAGGCGACCGCCCGCGCCACGUGCCCUUCCGCUGGAGCUGAGCCGCCCGCGGGCCGCCAGGAGGGAAGGAGGGCACUGCCUCAGGGCUUACAGUGUUUGGAAAUCUGUGCAUUCGUUCUCGAUUUUUAAAGAAGAAAAUGGGUCUUUUUAUUAUUACUAUGAUUUACAGUCAUAUAACUGAACUCAGUGUCCAGUAUAAUGCAAACUUGCAGAGUGUAUAACGGUACUGAUCUGCACUUUGAUUCACACGUUUGUCUGCUUGGUACCUUAAUUUCUUACACCUGAUCUGUCACUCGUGACAGUGCAUAGACUGCCAUUCUCAUCAGCGGCCAUCGGGUUAGUGUCUGUGAUUCUUUUAUUUGUUGUUGUGUUAUCGUCUGAUUGUUUUAAACUGGAGCAUGCACUUAUUUUCAGAAACUUAGAGAGUUGCCCCUAGGACAAGACUUACCAAAGGUAAUACUCGCGAGUAGGUGGCAGAUGUAGCAAAAACUUCACGAUUCAACAAUUGUUAGCUGGGGUCUUUUAGAAUAAGGAUAACCCUUAAUGAAAAUAAGCCUUUAGUUGCUCUGUAUUUUGACUUUUAAGGAUACCUCAUAAGCUGGAUCUUUAAUUUUUCCUUCAUGUUUGAUUUUUGUUUUGCUGAAGAUUUUGGUUAGAUCUUUUAGUGUUAUGUAAAUUUAUGCUGCAAUAGCUUUUGCUGCUAUUAAAAUGGUAUAUUAAUACCAUAAUACUCUAUUCAGGCUAAGGUAUCAAUUAAAAACAAAAACAAAACCCAACAACACACUUUUGUGAUGUCAGCUGCCGGAGGGAGAACAGAGUAGACUUCAGAAAGCUUCAAAGGAAGGUCACUAUUUCUGACUGCAUGUUUACUUAAUCAGGUUGCUGCAUGCAAUAAAUUUUAUAUCCAAUGUCUAGUAUAAAACCUUCCCACAAUGCACAAAUUAAGACUCUAUAUAAGCUAUAAAAUACUCAUUUUUUUAAAGAAAGAUUUUUUUUCAUUAACGAAUUGGUAAUCGAGUGGAGGAAGGCAUGCCUCGACGCGUGGACUGCUUCUCAGCAGGAAGGGCCCGUACACGAAGGACCUAUAUUACAACAAUAUAAAACCUAGGUGUAGGAUACUCUUAAAGCAAACUUGUGGAUGGUAGAUGAAGUACUUUGCGGUGCUCUGUUAUAUAUUGUGCAAUUUAUUUUAUAUAGUAAAGUGAUUAUGUCUAACUGUGAUCAAACUUAACUGUUUUAAGCCUCUGUGUCAGACAUUAAUGAACCUGCCGGUUCAUAACUGGUAUAUUAUUAGGUAACACAUGAGCUCUUAGUUCCAGUCUCCUAGUGCUUGCACCAUUUUACAUAGUUUCAGACCUUGUCCAAAACACCAAAGAGCUCAUCUUAGCUUACAAACACUAAGAAACAUAUACAGUAUCUAGAGAUAAGUUGUCAGAUUGACAAGCUAGGCACAUCUUUUUAAAAGUUGUGUGAUGGUGAUGCUAAAGAAGUGUCUGUACAAAACGAGACGGCCUGGGCAAGUUGGUUGUCUGGGUGAGAAGUUAGUGAAUUCCCUGGAUUUCUCCUGUAAAGCUUGAAGAAAAUUAAGCCCUGCUAAUACUACCGUGGACAUUUUUUUAGCAUUCACUCUUGGGCUGCAGAUAGUAAUAUAUAAACACACACAAUGAUUGCGAGACUAUGUAACUCUUUUCUUUAAAUCUUUUUCCUAUGUUUUGGAAUUCUGGGGACAAUCUGACUGGAUAUGACACUGCAGAAUAGAUUUUAAGUCGCUGUGUUUCAUGUGCUGUGAUGUCCUUGUGCUGUCCUGAGGUAGCAUUGCUUGGUUUGGGGUUUUUUUCCUCCGUUGUUUAGUUGCAGUUACUGGCUCUCAAGUUAUAGUUUGUUUUCAAAAAGGAAAAACAAAAUAGUUUUUUACUAAAUUAAAAAUGCUUGUCAAAUCCUCCCCUUUUGAGGUUACCUCUGGGCUUGCUGGUAAUAAUUGUUUUUUUCCAGCCCAGACGUGGUUUUGCUUUUAUAUAUAUGUUUGUGGUUUUGUUUCUGUUUCUGUUUUUGUUUUUUAUCUGUACCAGAAAUUUUGUUAUGCACUACUACGUUUUGUAUUCUAGACAGUUUUCAAAAGUUGGCUGGAGAUUUUUUGUUUGUUUGUUUUUAAGGAAAAAGGCAUGCUUUCUGACUGACAUGAUCUUUUGCAAUACCUCAAUUUUGAAAUAUAGGAAAGAAAAUGAUAUUUUCUAAGUAAGUUUAUUCAGAAAAUAUAUAUUAAUUUAAUUCUGCAAGAAAAUGAUUUAACAGAUGGGUAACUUUAUUUUUUUCAUGCUUAUUUGUGUUUUUUGAAAAUGAAGAAGUUAGAGCUUUAUAACUAUAAUAUUAAAGAUCAUAUCUAACGUACAGAAAUCUACCUAAUUAUGUGAAAGAAGCAAAACUUUUUGAAGAAGCACCCCUCUUUCAUGUACUAAAAUAACACUGAGAUUUUUAAAAAGCUGAAAGAUUGCACAACAUAAAGCUAAAGUGAAGGCAAAAAAAAAA